AUCUUUAGGAUGCUUCAUUCUCUCUCCAAUCCCUCCUUUCUCUGUUGUCUGAACUUUGAGCAGCUCUGCUCAAUUAAACCCUUUCUGCAUCUUUCUGCACUCAGGGUUCAGAUCAGCUGACCCACCCCAGGGCUCACAUGUGGGCAGCUCUAAGCCAUGGGAUGUUCCCAGUGACCAGCCAGAGCCCUCCAGAGUGAGGACAGGAGUCCCUGCGAGGACGCACACCCCAUAGCAGCCAUGGACACAAACAAACACGAAGGAGGGACUGAAAGUGUGCCUGUGAGUACCCCUGCAACACAGAUUUCCCAGUUGCAGGCAUUAGCCUCUGAGCUGAAGGCGGGUUUCACAGAAGCAAUGCAGGAGCUGUCACGGAUCCAGCAUGGAGAGUAUGCCCUGGAAGAGAAGGUCAAGAGCUGCCGCUGUGCCAUGGAAGAGAAGGUGGCUGAGAUGAAGAAUUCCCUCAACACAUUCAAGGAGGAGCUCAGCGAUGCCAAGUCAAUGAUUGAAGAAAUCAGUGCCAAGCAGGAGGAAAUGCAACAGAAAAUUGAGCAGCUGCAGCAAGAGAAGCGGCGGGAAUCACGGAAAAUGAAAGCUAAAAGAGCACAGAAGGAUGACCACGGGUCACAGACAGUGCCAACACCUCUCCAGGGCAGCCCAUUUCGAUCCAUCAACCUUCCAGAACCUGUGCUGAUCAAUGAAGAUUUUACGAGUCUUUUACACAACGUGACUUAUGAAAAAGUGUCUGACACCAGGAUCAUGCCCAUGGGAGAAGGAGGUGUGAAGGUCAUAGCAGGCCCAGGAGCAGCCAUAGACACAGAUGACAGCCUCAAGCCUCCCCUGGCAACAGAGGGGCAGUCAAAAAUGCAUCUGCCAUCAACAGUAUGGAAGCAGCCCAAGGACACCAAGGACUGGGGAGAUGAAUACAUUUCCAAAGAGCAGCCAGAGAGAGGGAAAGACAUGGGCCAAAGCAGAUACAGCUCAGCAGACAACAUAAUAUGUGAACCCUCUUUGGCUGCCAAAAGGCAGAACAUCGCCUUGGAGCUGCUGGAGUCAGAAAGGAAGUACGUCAUCAACCUUUCCCUAAUCCUGAAGAUCAAGGCCACACUGCAAGGGCCAGAUGUGAAAAGAAGCACCAAAGAGAGAAGCUUUUUCCCCAACUCUUUGCGGUUCCUGGUGCAGCAGCACGUGGAUUUACUGCACGCUCUCCAGGAACGAGUCCUGAGCUGGCCACGACAAGGAAUCCUAGGAGACAUCUUCCUGAAGCUGACAAAUGAUGAGAAUAAUUUUCUGGACUACUACGUUGCUUACCUGAGGGACCUGCCAGAAUGCAUCUCUCUGAUCCACGUGGUGAUCCUGAAGGAGGUAGAAGAAGAAAUCAAGUCUGAUCUCUACAUUCUGUUCUUUCACAUAGUCCAGCGAAUCCCUGAAUACCUUAUUCAUCUGCAGAAUGUCCUGAAGUUCACGGAGCAAGAGCACCCCGACUAUUACCUGCUGCUGGUGUGUGUGCAGCGCCUCCGGGUUUUCAUCUCACACUACAGCCUCCUCUUCCAAUGCAAUGAAGACUUGCUGAUACAGAAGAGGAAAAAGCUGAAGAAGUCAUCCCUGGUGAAGCUGUACAAAGGUCUCACCUCCCAGUGUACAAGCCAGGAGGUUUCUCCAACACCCAGUGCAGCAUCAAUGCGGGACAGUGGGAUCCAUACUGAAGAGGCCAUACAGUCAUUCCCAGCAGCACCUUCCUCUGGCACAACCACCCCGCAUUUGAUGCCGCAGAUGAAGAAACCCCAGCCAGCCGUGAUGGAGAACAUCCAGGCUGUAAAGCCCCCUGACUGGGAGAUGGAAAGCAGAAAACACGAGAGGCCAGAGAACAUCCUUGCCUCCUCUCAGCUGACAGAGCAGGAACUUAAGGCCUUGACAGCCCCCUUGCAAUCCAUCCCCGAAAUGGAGUAUGAAGCGCCACCGGCUGAUGCGGUGGGGAACACCGAGAGAGCCAUCAGAACCUCUGUGGAACUGCUGCAGGAUUCCAGGAACUUUGCACCAAGCUAUGAAGAGUUUGAGUACCCUGGGGAGGUUUUCACCAUGCCAGGCCCCUACGAAGACGACACCUUCCAAAACCUCGCUCUUUUUGAGAACUGCUCCCCGGCCUCUUCCGAGUCCAGCUUGGAUAUUUGCUUCCUUAGGCCUGUGAACUUCACCUCAGAACCGGAGAGGACAGACCAUGCCUUGCAGCCACUGCCUAAGAGCUGCACUCCUGUGAGCAGCAGCACCUACAAGCGUGAGAUGUUCCACAGCAAAGGGAAGCAGCUGAGCAGGUCCCUGAAGGAGCUGCCACGGAGCGCGGAGGGCGUGAGCACCAGACUCUACAGCACGCGGAGCAGCAGCGGGAGCCGUCUGCAGCAGAAGCAGGACAGGAAUGUUCAGCCUCACAUGAUCUCAGCCUCAUCUCGAAGCUCCCAAAGGAGCUACUUCCCCCCACAGAGAGGAGCGGGUGAAAAACCGAGCUUUUUGGAAGAGCUCCAUGCAGAAGACAACACCAGGUUCUGCCAGAAGGAUGACAAUGAGCAAACAUCCUUCAGCGACCACAACCCGCGGCACGAGCCCAAGGGGGGGUUCCGGAGCUCCUUCCGCAAGCUCUUCAAAAAGAAAUAAGCAGCCCCAAGAAAGGCAGGCCACAGCCAAAGCACAGCAGUGCUUCCCCAGGUCCCCGAGGGUGGAGACAGACAGCAAGGCCCCAGGAUCCCCUGACUAACACAGAGGGUGGAGGGUGGGGGAGAGGAGACUCUCACAACUGCCUUAUAAAUGCAUCCUGCUCUUC